CACCGCCAACCCUCCUUCUCCGCCCCUCGCCUUCUCCGCCCCUCACCCUCUCCGCCCUUCACACUCCACCCCCACAAUAUCCUCCCUGCGCUCCGCUUUGUCUUCCUCUAGUCCUGACCAGCCCGUCUGUCCCACACCCUACUGCCAGCCAUGGACCGGAUAAACAGGAUGCUCGCCGCUGCCCAGAACAUGGGCGGCAUGGGCGGACCGGCGCAGGACACUAACCUGAUCGACAACUCGGAAACCGUUUACAUCUCCUCCCUCGCUCUCCUCAAGAUGCUGCGGCACGGCCGUGCCGGUGUGCCCAUGGAGGUCAUGGGCCUCAUGCUCGGCGAGUUCGUGGACGACUACACAGUCCGCGUCGUGGAUGUCUUCGCCAUGCCCCAGUCUGGAACGGGAGUCUCGGUCGAGGCCGUGGACCCCGUGUUCCAGACGAAGAUGAUGGAUAUGCUAAGACAAACAGGGCGGCAAGAGACGGUCGUAGGCUGGUACCACUCGCAUCCCGGUUUCGGCUGCUGGCUCUCCUCGGUCGACAUCAACACGCAGCAAUCCUUCGAACAGCUCACUCCGCGCGCCGUCGCCGUCGUCGUCGACCCCAUCCAAUCCGUCAAAGGCAAGGUCGUCAUCGACGCCUUCCGCCUCAUAAACCCGCAAACCCUCAUGAUGGGCCACGAGCCCCGCCAAACCACGUCCAACGUCGGCCACCUCAACAAGCCCUCCAUCCAGGCCCUCAUCCACGGCCUGAACAGACAUUACUAUUCCAUCGGCAUCAAUUACAGGAAGACGGGGCUAGAGGAGAAUAUGUUGAUGAAUCUGCACAAGCAUGUUUGGACUGAGGCGCUGCUGAUGGACGACUUCCGGACUGAAGGGGAGAGGAAUACCGAGCGGUUGCAGAAGUUGGUGUCGCUGGCUGAGGGCUAUGAGAAGAGGGUGAAGGAGGAGACGGAGCUGACGAAGGAGCAGCUGAAGACGAGAUAUGUGGGCAAGGUGGAUCCAAAGAAGCACCUCGAAGACGUAGGCCAGCAUCUCAUCGAAGACAACAUCGUUUCAGUGUCCCGCCAAAUGAUCGACAAGGAGGCAUCCGUACCUAAGUCGAAUCCGAGGUCGAAUGGCGUGGCGAACGGAGGCGGAGAUGUGGAUAUGGAUGAUGAGCUAUGAGGAGUCAACUUGGGGUAUGGAAGAACGGCCUCUUGGGCAGUAUUCCCGCGUCAACAUCUCGGUGCCGUAGAGCACGACCACAUCAGCUAGCCGAUGUAGGAACGGUGUUCACCAGGCGCACGGGCGUCCAGUCCUCAAGCAUCAAGGACGGUGACAACGUACCCUAGCUAGCUAGCAAGCAUCAUAUUCAUGAAUAAAAU